AUGGCACUGGAGAAGAGGCUGGCUGAGCUGAAGGCUGACAGUAAACCAGUAGGAGCUACCCUGAAACAACACAUCCUCACUCCGUAUUCUGGGGAGGUACAGUCUCAGCACACAUGCCCUCUCUAUUUUGGGUGAUGUUUGUUAAGCGUAAAACCUGGUUGUUCCAGAGUGAUAAUCUGCUGCUUGACUCCCUGCCAUGGUAAGAGCCAAUUAAAUAAUAGUUUUUAAUGUCCUAAUGGGCUCUGCAGCUGUGAACCAAUCAGUUCAGCCUUAUGAUUAAAUGUGUGAGAUGAAGGUUGAUUUAAAGACGUCUUCUCCUCUGUCCGACAGCAACUGGACAGGGCUCUGGAUCUGAAGAGCCAACACAAGGCAGACAUGGUUGCCGGGGGCUACGCCACCCUCAUCCACCUCUGCUGCCGCCAUGACAAUGUGGAAGAUGCGCUGAACUUGAAGAGAGAGCUGUGA